CUUUGACUUAUGGCGGAAGAUAAUAUAUCAUAUUUAGUUCAGACAUCAUGAAUCGACGGUAGUGCUCAGAUUUCACCUUGUUUUUACAACUUUAUCACAUUUCAAAUGGCUGGAAAGGGGAAUGAAUCGCAUAACUUCGACAAAGGUUUGACGGAAUGCCAUAGUUUUUUUUUGUUUAUAUUAUUCCUUGAUCGCUUGCAUAACCAGUUGUGUUCAUAUAUCGAAAACACAACUGUGGUCAACUAUGAUUUAUUGUGUUUUAUUCUCGAAGGGCUAAUCCAAGCUGCUAUUGGUAAGAAUAGCGAAAUACUGUUGGUCAAAGGAAUCAAAUUAGAGUUGAGGGGCGACAAGAUUGAUUCGCGAAUUCUUGUAAGUAAUGGCAUUUUAUGCCUUUGUUUUGUAAAUUUACUACAUUCCACAAUUCUGUAAAUGUGUUGUUUGAACUUUCCCUAAUAUACAAUAACUUUAUAAGUUAUUGUCCUGUUUAAGUCUGUUAAUUGUUGAAAUAUGUUUUAGUAUAUUAUUAAUAAAAGUGCUGUCCACUUUCCAGUUGCGAUGUGUUUAUAUUUGUUUUUAUAAGUGACUUGUUCAUAUACCAUUGUACAGAUUUAGACCAUUGUACAUUUGUGUAGAGAUUUCAAAAAUGUGUGAGAAUCUUUAGAAAUGGUUUAUAGGCAGAGUUUCUGGAAUACGUUUUAAUACUGUUUUGGUCAACCGUGGAAAAGCUGAUAUCACAAAUAGUUCUAUAGUGUAUUUACAUACUUUUAAAGUAUCAAAUUGUGACUAUUACUUGGCUAUUACGGUAGAAUAAUUAUUAAAUUCUUUGAUAGUAUUAAUGUAUUAUAGAUCGAUGCAUCUUGAAAUUAAUCAACCCUUACGGGUAAAAUAAGAGAGGUUCUCUAAGGAGCUCUUUAAUUAAUUAUUGAGGACCAUAUUGUAUGCUUAGGCAGAAAAUAGUCAAUUACUCAUUCAGCCAGCGUUGAACUAUGCAGUCAGUGUUGAACAAUGCAGCCCAGCCUAUAAAUUAGCACUGUAUCAAGGUGCCUUGUUCUUUGAUAAGUCGCAUUUUAUUUCCAGAAAAAGGAACUCCUAAUUAAUUCAAGGCACUUAGGCAGAGGUCAUUACAGUAUAUGAGCACAAACUCUUUCAUAAAGAACUCACUUUGUCAGCCAUUCAUUCAGCAAAUAUGGUGCCACAUCUAAUACAUAUUCACCAUGACCAAAAUCUCACUGGAAUUUCUAAAAGGAGGUUAUUUUAUCUUGAAGUAAACAUAUCUAGAGCUUUUGUUUACAAGUUUCAAUAAUUCCAAGUGCAUUACAUAAUCAUGAUAAUUUCUAUUUUUUAGGUUGUAACAAGUUUCAGAUUUUAUAUUCUAACAGCCAAUAAAGCACCUUAUAAGGUAUUUUGUGUGUUUAAAUAUUAAAUGUCUGACAUUAGAGUAAAAUUAUAAAGUAUUGUGCUUGAGGGUACAUUGCCACUUAACCCAAUGAGUGGCAGCACUCUCCCAUUGAUGAGUAAAAUUAUGUGGCAUUAGACAGAAUAAAAUAGUAAAAUAGUGCCCACCAGGAUGCAUUGCCACUUAAAGGGUUAACUGAGGGCAACUCAGUAUUUUAUUAGAAAUUUGACACCUUACUGUCAAAUUCUGCUUGAGUAACAUUUUCCUUGUAAUAUUACAGGUUGAUCUAAGUGUUCAUAUUCUGGAUAUUCAUGCAAUAGAAAGCAAAAAACCAGAACAGGUACGUAAUUUAGGCUUUUUGCUAAUUCACCCUUUUGCUGAGUGAACCUAGAUCAGUCCUUGAGACCAAACAUUUGAUUGAAUUUUAUUGUUCUAUUUGUACAGAUUGUGAUUCAAUAUGGAGAAAAACAUGUGAAAUUUUGUUUGACAAAACCAGGCGGUACUCACAUUGUCAUUGGUGAACUCAUAGCAAACUUGAAAAUAAAUUUUUCUGGCGGGAAUUUAGAGUAAGAUUUUUGUUAUGUUUUAAUCCAUUGAGUACCUAGCACUCGCCCCUUGAUGAGUAAAAUCGUCUGGCAUUAGACAGAGUAAAAUAAUAAAGUAGGGUGCCAUCAGGGUGCUUUGCCACAUAAAUGGUUAACCCAUUGAGCCACAAUGUGCCCCAGCGCGCCCUACUUAUUUUUUACUUGUCUAACGCCAGACGAUUUUACUCGUUAGUGGGGAAGCUAGCUCUGCAGCUUAAUGGGUUAACAUGAUGCAUGGGCAGAUGCAUGGAAGCACUCUCCCAUUAACCCUUUAAGUGGCAAUGCACCCUACUUUAUUAUUUUACUCUGUCUAAUGCCAGAAGAUUUUACUCAUCAGAGGGAGAGUGCUGCCACUCAUUGGGUUAAUGAGUAAAAUUGUCUGGUGUUAGACAGAGUAAAAUAAUGCCACUUAAAGGCUGGGUUAAAAACAAUGUGUGAUCUUUUGAAAUUUUGUGUUGUUAUUCUCCUUAAUUUAAAAGUGCCAUAAUUGGAAUAGACAAAAACUAAUGUUAGGGGCCAUUCACAAAGGAUGUCCGAGGGGAGGGGGGUUUGGAAAAUCAGGACAAACUCGGACAUAGGGGGAGGGGGGUUUUUAGCAAUCCAGAUGUCCGAAAUUUUUAAAAAUUCCAAAACAAAUUUCUUUUUCCUCUAUUUUGAACUCUCCCUCCCAUUGUGAAAUUGGCAUUUUGACUAUGCGGUUAAUACUAGAUUUUGUUUUAAUUAGUAGUUUAUAGGUUUUUGUAUUCACAUUUAUAGUUAUAAAAAAGUUCUAAAAGUAAAAAACGUUUUUUACUCUUGACAUAUACAAGGUUGCGUGAGUUUUUGCGAGGCAUGGCGGAUGUCCGGGGGGAGGGGAGGUCACUAAUUCGGACAAUGCUGGAUACAGGGGGGGGGGAGGGGGGUCUGAAAAUCCAUCAUUUGGCCGGACAUCCUUUGUGAAUGGCCCCUUAACUGAUUAGUCAUUUUUGUUAAGAUGUGGUGCUGCUAUUUUUGUGCUGAAAUUCGUCAACUCAAUCUUACUCUAGGUGCCCCUAAAACAAUUGUAUUUUAUUUUCUAGUGAGUUGGUUAGAAAAGAUAUGCCGAGUGAUAAGUUAGAAAGUAUUAAUAAUGUUGUGAAUAAAUUAACAAGUUCUGAAAGUUUAACAGAGGCUGGUCCCUGUGGUAGGUCAACAAAUGUUUAUCGAACAAUCCUUUUUAAAAAUGUUUGGUUGGUAACACCGUGAAUAUAUAUUUUAUCUUAUGCUGAUGCUAUGUUUUGUGAUUUUAAGGUGGAUUUUCUCGCUCAUAUGCAUGUAUUUGUAAUCAAAUGGGCGUGCCGUUUGUUGAGGAGGUGGCAUGGGUAUGUUGGUUUCUAUACUUUAAAAAUGACUUUAUCAGGUCCACCAUAUGUACACAGUGUGCGCCUAUUUUUAUAUUUUUAUUUUUUUAUUAAAAGAGAAGUGCAAAGCAUAUUGUAUGAACUCCUUUGCCUCCAAUGUAAAUUAUACAAAUCCUACUUGUUUUGCAAAAUCCCUACUUGAUAUUUUAGUGGAUUCCCAGAGGUAGGUUCCCUGACAGGCCAGGGUACCCACCUUAUUAGGUAUGCGCAGGAGACUAGGAUGCAAUGAUUUAAUGAAACCUACUAUUUUCAAACUUGUUUAAUUUAGGAAACUUGUUCAGUGACUUUCUAAGUUUGUCUUUUUGUAGGAUGUGGAUACUAUAUAUUUAUCAAAUGACACAAAAGAGUUUGACAUUCAACAUUUUGAUCACUUAGAACCAAGGUAUUAAUUAACUGGUUUCCACAUACUGUUACUAAAUAUAUACAUUAGGUAUAGUUUGAUACAUUAUGUACCUUUUCAGGGAGCUGAUUCCAAUCAUUGCAACCUUGGAAUACAACGCUUGGUUCACAAAACUCGUUUGUGUCACUUAUAAAUUGGUAGGUUUUCACUAUUUACUGUUGAUUUCAAGUCACUUUUCAACGUGCGGUUCCCAAGUUCGUUGCGAACUUGCCAAUUACGUUUCCAAGUUCGGAAAUUGGGCGCGAACUUCGCAACAAAGUUCGCAAGUUCAUUUCAGUGUUUGAACUUCGUUUGUAAACAAAUUCUCACACUCAAUACUAAUAACCAAUUCAAGCGAAAUACAAACCUUCUUGGUAGCCCACUGGACCAAGAAAUUUCCAUUGAAUUGUUAAAUUCAACUUGAACUAUGAACAUUUGUUUACAAUAGUUCAAACACUGAAAUGUACUUCCGAACUUUGUUGCGAAGUUCGUGCCCAACUUUUGAACUUGGAAACGUAAUUGGCAAGUUUGCAACGAACUUGGGAACCGCGCGUUGAAAAGUGACUUGAAAUCGACAAUAAUGUCGCAUUCACAUUGUGAAAAAUUAAUUGUUGGAUCACUGGCUUGCUCGUGUGCCUUGAAUUUUCAUCACCUUUCACGUAUUUUGUAGCCUGCCGAGAUCUUGGAUGUUAUAACCAGAGUUAUAAAACGUUCAACAACAAUUGUUGAAAUUGUACUGGAUGGCGUCAGCUUGGGCAGGUAAUUUGCAUUUCUCACGGUCGAUUUUUCCGCCACAGUUUUGGUGGCACUGCCUCUUCCACGUUUGAGAGUCUCCGCACCACGAAAUACAUUUUUUAGUGUUAUAGGUGUUUGUAUAAUGGUCAAUUUACAGUUACAACUUUUAAAAGUCACUUUUCACGUUGUUUGAAUUGUCUAGAGUCUUUCACGAGGGCAGACAGUACCCCAAAAAUGGCGGAUUUUGGCCUUCGUGAGAAAGGCUAAUUCAACAACACUGAACACUUUUUUUAUAAAAACGCACUUUAACGUGUCCGGAACGCGUUCUUUAGCGUCUUCCGUGUUCGUUCCAUUCGCGACUUUCGCGUUCCAUUUAUUGUUCCAUUUAAUAUUUCGCUCGCGUUCUAAUUUGCGUUCACACAUGGUUAAAGGAUUUUGUCUGUUUUCGCUGUAGAGAGUUUUGUCAAAAACUGGCAACAGCUUUGACAUCAAAUCCCAAGUCUGCUUUGGAAAGAAUAGACUUGUCUAGGAAUCCUUCUGCAGAGGAUAGAGGUAUGGUAUAUGCGCAAUCAUGUAUGUAACGGACGCAGGGCUGAUCUAGCUUCAUCGUGUAAAGACCUACCUAAAAUGACCGUGUUUUGUGAUUGGCUUUCAGAAACAAAUCAGAAACAAAAAUGAUCAUUGUUCGUGACUCGUUCUUUUAUUGUCCUUCAUUGUUAUAAUCAACCAACCACGAGCCUGGAUAGUAUAGGUAGAUGAUGACCCGCCUCAUCUACAGGGAAGGGUGCAGGUUUUCCAUGGGGUGCUGCAUGAGGGAGUCUUACUGCCCACUCUCCUCUGCAGUCUGCAACGCUACUAUCCCAACAUUACCAUUAUUUGAGAUGGUCGAAUCUGCAUUCGCCGUUCUGUUAUACGUUUUUCAUUAUCUUUUCUUUGUAAAGUUUAUAUCGGCUUUUUAUCACGUAUGCAUGACUGGACAGUUGCUGUAACACAGUAAUUUGUUUAAAUCAAUUUAAAAAUCUUUUCAAGAAAUCGGCACCCGCUAACAGUAGAAGUUCUGCUAAUCGCUAUUUGAAAAGCAGAAAAUGUACGGUCAAGCAGAUUUUUUAGGGUGGUGCGGACUUCUCUAGGGGGCUGCUAGACCGGUAGGUGGAGUGCGCACACCCCCCCCCCCCCUGCAGCCCCACGGUAGAUCCGCCCUGGACGAAAGCCUUGGUUUUUAACCAUCAUGAUAGUUUAUCCUUUAUUUCAUUAGGAAUAAUUCAUUUAAUUGGUGGAUUUUCUAAACUUUCUCAUGGAUUGGAUUCGCUCAAUCUUCACGAGACUGGUAUUACUAAUAAAGGUAACGUUGGAUGUAUUAAAGUAGUAUAAACGGAACUUGUAAAGUCAAAAUUGAAAUUUUAACAUGCCCUUAUAGUAUCUAAUAAUACUAUUUUUUCAAGGUGUUGCAGCAAUCGGUCAAAUGUUAAAAAGCAGCAAAUAUAUGUCAACGUCUUUAACAAGGUUUGUUCCCUGUUUCUUUUGCCCACGCAUUAGCAUUGGAAAAAUUCAAUUUUAUUUUGUUUCGUUUUCAUCACAGGUUAAACUUAUCCAACAACCCAAUUAAAGCUGAUGGUGUUACAGUAAGUGACUGCGUGACUAGUUUUACUAUGUAGUGUUAACAACUCAAGUAUGAAUAGGGCUCGGUUCUGGCUCGAAGUUACAGUGCUGCUUGCCUCAAAUAUUAGAGACCUUACGAUUUUAGGACGGCAACGCGACGACGACGCCCAAAACAAACUCCUUCAAAUAAAUGAUAGUAAAGAUAAUUCGUUGUAUAUUAUCAAUCGUAUGAAUUUAAUACAGUCUUAGAAGUUGAAGACAUGGGUUUUAUGGUUAGGAAGAGUUAUGCUGAACCCAGUUUGAAGUUGCACUUGUUGCAGCUUGAAAUGCAGCCGUUGUAUCAAGACGUGAAAAUCAGUGAUUUGGCGUUGUAAACAGAGCGAAGGACAAUGUCUAAAUUAUUCAUAUAUUGUAAUUAAUAUUCAAUUCUUUUCAAUGAUUUAUUGUAUUGGUAGCCGUUGCCGUCGCGUUGCCUUCCUGAAUCGUAAGGUCUCUAUUGCAGGCCUUAAAAUAUUUUUUCCAGGGCCGUCUGACAAAAUGUCCGAUGACGUUGAGUUUGGGUCGGACAUAUGUCCGAUGACCUUCAGUUCAGUUUGUCUCGGAAAUAAGCCUGAAUGAGUGAAUGACACAAAUUAAUAUCAGCACAAUGUAUUAAUUCUGAACGGCAAAUGUUGUGGACCCGUUAAUUUCCUAGCCAAAAUUAUCUUGCCUAGAACAGCAGUAAGAGUUCGACAAUUUAAGCCCAUUUUACACUUCACCAUUUCGUUCUCCGCCCCGCCCUCGAUUGCAUUAAAACAACAUUUCCAGUUCACUUUUAAUGCACUACUCUGAUUCUCUAUUUAACAUACGAGCCUCUAGUCCUGAAACUAGGGUACAUUUUGAUUUACGUUGGACAAAGCUACAGUUUGGUCGGACACCAAUACACUCGGGUCGGACAAACAAUAAACCUUAUUUUCACUUAGGUCGGACAGAAUGUCCGGUGGUUUCCUCUUUACGUCGGACAAUUUCACGAAUGGGUCGGACAAUGUCCGUGACCGACCAAUGUGUUUAAGGCUUGCUCUAUUGACACUUUCUUCAAACCGCUCUUGAGCCACGACAUCGUCCUUUCUACAGUCGUCACGUCCAUCACCCUCUUCUUCUGCAGGUAGCAAUGCGCCGCUCCGAUAUCAAUUCCAUGAAGCACUGAACUCCGAGCUCAACUGAUGUGUUACCAAUUCUGAUAUUGUUAUUUCCAAUUGUUAUAGGCGAUUUGCGAUUUCUUAGCUCAACCCAAUGCGUUAACUCAUGUUGAUUUAAGUUCAACCGAAUGUUUUGUGGAAAAUGUAAGUCCCAUAUCAUUAUGCCAUCAUUUCAUGCUGUUAUAUAGUAUAAUUGUUCAAAAUUUAUUUCACUUUUAUUUUAGAUAUUUGGCGCCCUGAUAAGAGGUUGCUGUCAAAAUUUAACGUAUCUUAAUAUGUCAGGGAAUCAAUUUACCAACAGAAAAAGCAAGGAUGCAAACCUAUCUUCCAGUUUUCAAAAGGUUAAUUUCUUAUAUUCAUUUAUAACUCCACGAAAUGUAGAACUUGUCUCAUCAUACAGUUUCGUCUUUAGGGACCGGUCAUUAUUUAUGGUGGGGGGUAGCACCGAAGAGAAAUGUUUUUCGUGGCAUAAAUUUUGCUGACCCAACCAUUAAAAAAUCAAAAAUUUGAUUACCCAACCUCAAGUAUCAUUUUAAAAAAUAAAUACCCACCCCUGGCCAAAACGUUACAAAAGGAUGUCAUUCAGUUGUCACACAUGACACAAGUCCUUUACCACUUCUGUGAUACGUUUGAUAACGUUCGGCUUGUGAAUGUUUGAUAGUUUGAUAACGUUCGGCUUGUGAAAUUUACUGACUUUUCUGCAGUCUAAAGUUUCAUGUUGUCUGCACAUUUACUAUCUUUGGAGACAUCCACCAUUUGUCUCCCAACAAAUCGGAAAAUGAUGAAGAUAUAGAUUGAUUCGCAUAUUGUAUUGACAUAUGACUGUUGACUUUGAAGUUUUCAGUCUUCAAUAUUUGAGUGAGUCAUGCUUUGGAAAUGACAAUAAAUUUUUAUUACACAACCUUUGAGUUGUUUCGUUUUUGAUUUACCCAACCUUUUACUCACUCAAAAUUUUGUUUCCCCAACCCUUUUCUCUUCGGUGCCACCCCCCGCCAUAAAUAAUGACCGCUCCCUUAGUUCUUUUUGAAUCGAUAAAAGCUCGUUCAGAGCACUAAAGUUUUCGUUUUGUUUAGUUUUUCAGUAGUACGGCUGCCUUAAAGGAAAUCAAAAUGUCCGAAUGUCGUCUGCCUGCUGAUGCAGUCAGGUACAUUAUGAAUGUUUUUUUGUAGUACGUUAUAGCAGCGGUGAUAGUUCAUUCAGUUUACCUCGCAGAUAAGUCCAAACAAUGGAGAACAGUAGGAUUUUCAAACAAUGAACAGACAAUGGCACAUGCUGGUCACUGGAUCGUGACUGGAUGGAUCUAUUGUUAUACUUGGUGUUAUUCCAAUGAAUAUUGGAGUGGAUGGAUAAUCUAAGUGACGAUAUAUAUUAUACACUUUUAUACCUAACCAGGAACGGUUGCGAAAAAUGCAAUUAGCCAUUUCCCAAUCGAGCAGAGGACUGGGUCUAGUCGCUUGUUUGGAGGGAAAAUAAACAUGCCGAAUAUGGCAUCUAGGAAGUUUUCCUACAUUCCUAAAGUUAUUUGUGCAGCCUGACAUGCAACAAUUAUAAUAAGGCAUCUUUUAAUAUAUACUUAGCUCUCUCACUGUAACUUGUUGUCCGUCCAAACGUCCGUCCAAACAUCAACUAGACCCAAUCUGCUCGAUUGGGAAAUGGCUAAUGCUAUAGGUCCUUUGGCAGGAAUCGAACGUGACCUGCGAUUAAGUAUAAAAGUGUGUAUCAGUGUAUAUAUAUACAUCGUCACUUGGGUUAUUCCAAUGGUCUAUUUUUUACCAGUGACCUGUACUGUACUUGUAUAAGAUGCGAAAUGUUUCGUUUAUGUAGAGCUAUGUUUCUUGGUUUGACUGAGAACCAUGUAGUCAAGGAAGUCACUGUCGAUAUCAGCAAAAAUGAGGUAAUUAUUCUCUUAGUACCCUUUACGAGAAUCUGAAUGCGCAACUGAUCACAGAUAUUUGUACGUAGUUUUGACUGACAACUGACAUCUUACAAACUCUAUCCCACUGACAGUCUAACAAUAUGGGAUGUCUAUUUAAUCUUCAUCAUCAAUACUCUGUUUGUGUUUCAGCUCAAAACAGCAGGUCUACGAGCAAUAACAGGACCCUUGAGUCACGUUGGAAAUGUAUAUUCCUUGGAUCUUAGUGAUAACGGUAAGUUCUGAGUUGCAGUACUUUAAAAUUUCCAAGCAAAAUUGUAGAAAUGUGAGUUGAAAUUUCUUUUGUAUCUCAGGAUUUGAAUCUGACUUGAUUCCACUGUGUGAAAGUUUGUGUGGGAAUAAGGCGUUGAAGAAGCUUUAUCUCGGUCAGAAUUGCCACAAGGGAAGGUGGGUGUACUCAUUAUAACAUGUCUGACUUGACCAUUGCCACCGCCAUUAUCACCAUAAUCACCUCGUAACCAUCAUCGUUCACCAUCAUCACUACCAUUUCCACCACCAUCACGGCCAAUGAUCACGAUGUUCACUAAUCAACCAUAUUUAUCACCAUUAUCCCCACUACCUUAACCAUGAUUACUACCAUUGAUACUAUCACCGAUAUCACCAUCACCAUACACUACCAUCUUCAUUACCAUCUUCAUUACCAUCUUCAUUACCAUCUUCAUUACCAUCUUCAUUACCAUUUUCAUUACCAUCUUCAUUCAUUACCAUCUUCAUUACCAUCUUCAUUACCAUCUUCAUUACCAUCUUCAUUACCAUCUUUAUUACCAUCUUUAUUACCAUCUUUAUUACCAUCUUUAUUACCAUCUUUAUUACCAUCUUUAUUACCAUCUUUAUUACCAUCUUCAUUAUCAUCUUCAUUACCAACUUAUUUACCAUCUUCACUACCAUCACCACUCCGUGACGUCAUUACCGCCAUUAAUUCAGCUUUUUAUGCUGACAUAUCUUUCACUAUAGGAAUCUAAACAACAUCAUGGAAGCUUUAAUUAAGUUGAUUUCUGUUGAAAAUUCGGUAAGUCCUCAUGGAACAAAUAUUUGAAUUUUGUGACUACAGCAUUAACUAAAAUGGGCAAUAUACAUCUAACAAUGUUCCUUCUCCUGACAGCCGAUUGAAUUUCUGAGUUUGGCUGAGUCCAGAUUAAAACAGAGCAUCACGCUACUGUUUGAUUCACUGGGAACCAACGAAUCUCUUGUCGAGCUGGAUAUAAGGUGAGGUGAUAGCGAGCCAAGAUUUAAUAGAUGAUCCCAGCUGUAGACUAAAUUUUGAUAUCGGCAAGAAGAACAAAAUCCAUCACCACAGCUAGAAAGAGCAUGUUAAAAUUAGUAAAAUUGCAAAGUUUGGUUGCGAAAUGUUGUAAAAUGCGGAAAAUAUAGCCUUACGAAAUUUGCGAAUUUUGUAUUAAUUCGUAUUACGCACGGGAAAAUGCACCACUUUCGGCCCAAAUGUGGUGCAGUUUCCCGCGCGUAAUACAAAUCAAUACAAAAUUUGCAAAUUUCAUAGGGCUGUAUUUUCCCCAUUUUACAACAUUUCGCGGCCAAACUUUGCAAUUUUACUACUUUUAACAUGCUCUUUCUAGCUGUGAUGAUGGAUUUUAGACUACAGCUAGAAUCAUCUAUUGUCUGUUAUGACUACUGCGUUUUUGUUCGGUAAAUUAAAUUGUUUGUGUCUUUCAGUGGCAACCUGAUGGGCGACGAGGGAGCUCGAGUCUUAGCUAAAGCUUUACAAAUUAACAGCAAGUUGAGGUGAGAUAAAAUGUUCUGAUCACAGUAAAAUAUCUGGUAACUACAGUAUUUACACGCAUUCAUAAUAUUUAACAAUUAUUCGCCAAAGGUGAGGUGAUUAUCGGUGAAUAAAAACCGAGACGAAAUCGAGGUUGUUAUUCACGAUAAUCACCGAGCCUGAGGUGAAUAAUUGUUUUAGUAUAAUUUCAUAGGUGAUUAUUUGGAGAAAAAAUAAAAAAUACAAAUUUCUUCGUCAUUUAAUUGACAAAACGGCUUCGGCCGCCAUUUCGAAAAUCGCUUAGGUGAUUAUCGCGUUAUAAUCACCUCAACGGCAACCAAUCAGCGUGGAGAAUUUUCAAUAAUCACCUAUGUAAUUAUACUAAUUAUAAUUAUAUUCCUCUUUAAGAGUAAUUCACUGGGAUAGAAAUAAUGUAACGCAGAAUGGAUUUCGAGAUAUGGCAUUGGGGAUAGAAAAGUAAGUUACUGUAGAAUACGUAACCCUUUAGAACCGUACCACACUGUGGUAUUACUGUUCACUAUAGAAUAGUGCAGUGCUGUAUAGUAUAGUACUGUGGUACAGAACAGUAUAGGUUUGUACAGUAUGCUUUAAUUCAGUACCAGUUCAGAACAGUUUAGUAGUACAUGUUUACAGUAUGAUCCAACACAGUACUCAGAACAGUAUACGUUUGUCGGUAUGUAUACUAGACAGUAUAGUACUGUGGUACAGAACAGUAUAGAUUUGUACAGUAUGCUUUAGUUCAGUACCAGUUCAGAACAGUUUAAUAGUACAUGUUUACAGUAUGAUCCAAUACAGUACAAUAUUGUACAGUAUUUUUCCACAGCAACUUGACAUUACAGUCAAUGCCGAUGCCAAUAAAUGAUGUCGCCCUGUGUUUGAAACCUGCCACGGAGAAGGCGUUGAAGCAAGUAAGACUGACUCAUUAUAUCUAUUGUAGUACAUUCUACUUUGCAUGUUUCACCGCAAACAAAGAAAGGACUGUUGACAAAAUGUUUUAUUUCUUCAGAUCGAGAAAUGUCUGUCUCGAAAUCAUUCUCCAAGUCAAGCUGUCACUGAACAAGCGUACAGACUUCAACAGGGGCUCAUGAUGACCUCAACUCAACAACAGGUCAGUGCACAGAAUGCAGUUAUAUUAGGUCGAGGUAGUUAGGUUGUGACAUGAAAUGACGUCACAUAACUAUGACGUCAUGUGAGAUGACGUUCCCAAUUUUACAAAAAUGUUAUUGUUAGAAUUGGUUAGGAGGUAGGGAAAAGAUAGAGUAAGGUUUAUGGUUUGGAUUAGUGUUCGGGUAAGUGGCGUCGGGAUAAGGUUAGCAUAGGAUUAGAUUUAGGAAUAGGAUGUAGUUAUGGUUAGGGGGUAGAGGUAGGGUUAAAAUCAGGCUCCAAGCGAAAAUUCACGCCAUGAGAUGCGAUUGUAGAGAUAUUUGAAUCACUACCCUCCAGCUCAUCAUUGAUGUAACUCUAGAUGGUCGAUAAACUGAUUGUUCACCUUCAAGACACAGCCAGAGUAUUGCGCAGUUCUCCUGAUGAAACUGUCAAGUCUGCACUUCGUAAUGCUCUCAGAUGUAUCAACGACGCUGAUAGACUCAAACAGGUAUAAACUGUCAUUAUUCGAGGGCUUUAUAUUGAACUACGAGUACGACUACGAGGUUAUAAUUGGGUUUUGUUCUUCUAUGCUUUUAGCUGUUCCUGAAAUUUCACAUGAGUACAAGUUCCAAGAAUAUGGAGGAAAGGCUUUCAUCUCUUGCUUCUGAUAUUCACAACUCUAUACAACAACAAAUGAAGGAAAAUGUUGAGAAAAUAUUGGAAUGCACCGAGUCAAAUUGUCCUUUUGUAACAGACCAACAGGUACUCUCAAUUUGGCUAUCUAUAUACAAUGGGAUAAAGCAUCUUUUUCGUUUCCACGUUGUAUGCAUUAUUUCAACAUUAUUUUUUUGCCUUUGUUAGGGUGUGAAAGAAAAUCUUAAAACAGCGUGUGAAGGAAAAGCUAACGUCAGUAAGGCUUUUAUUGAUACAGUCUUUCUGCAACAGCUCGCGCCUGUGAUAUUGAACGAAGUCAGGUAUGAUAGUUGUUGAAAUUCGAAAUCCCUUUGGUUGAAAACCGGACAGAUUUUGAGCUGAUUUAUGUAUUCUCUUUGUUCCCUUGUAGCGAGAAAAAGCUGAAUUUAUCGACCAUCGUUGUUGAUACAUUGAUGGAUGAAGUCAUCUCCCAGUUGGAACAGCAACAAGCUAAACUGGUAAGAGGGCCAAAUAUACUGAGUCAAAAUGUAUUAGUAUAUAAUAAUCUUGUAUAUGCUGGCGCCUGCAAAUGUCUGUAUUUUUUAUGUUGACCCAGAGUUGCAAAAAAGCUGCGGGUAUGAGGGUACCAUGGCCGGAUUUUGAGGGGAGGUGCGUACCUCCCCUGAGAUCGUUUUGCAUUUCUCCUGAAAAGUCAUGCACCUCCCUUGGGAAAGUUCCAUUGGUAGAUUGACAUUUUUUGGUUGCUUAGGAUCUACACUUCGUAAGAAAAUGUUUCUGUAAAAUUGAAACAGUGAUAGGCAUUCAUCUCUGUGUCAAAUACCCUUUUAAUGCAAUGUUUUGAAAGAAACUUUGUAGUAAUUGUAAUGAAGGGCAAAAUUGGAUGAGUUGUACAAUCAUAAUUCAUUAAUACACUGGAUACAUAUGUACACUACAUGCAUACGUCACGUCUUUGACUUUGGCCCGUUCUGAGCCCUAACUUUCUAUGGGGGUCGUGAGCUAGACCGCUGCACCUCCCGUAAAUGUUUUUCUACCUCCCCCACUAUUUCCACCAAAAUCCGGUCUUGAGGGUUACCAUAUGUGAGGUCAGUCAGGAAGGUUUAAUGUGGAACACUCUGCUCAACACUGACACCGUAAAACAAAUAAAUUAUACUUGGCUAGGCAUAAUGAGAUUGGCAGUAUGCUGAUGUUGUGUUGGUAUAUAUGUAGUACAACUUUUCCUAACGCAGCUUUCUGGGGGCCGAUGUUUCUGUAGCAAUCGUAUAUAACACGCAUUAGCUAGCUGUCACAAGCCUGCUGUUUGUCUGUAUGUGAGUACAAUGCAAUCAACCGACCAGCUGAUCUAUGCUAAAUACCAGUCAGCAGGAAGUAGGAACGAGAAGCCGAUUUUGAAUGAGUUGACGACCAUCUGUUGCUCCUUAACGCUUCAUGAAACGUUCUACAGUUCUCAAUUCUUCUUUUUCUGAUCAGGAUAUGCUGGUGAAGGAACAUAAAAAAGAGCAAGCCGAACCUUCGGAAGAGAAGUCGACUGAAACAGAGGAGCACAAUGAUAAUCUUAUCGAGGUGGAUAUUUUUUUGCUUGUGUAUGCCUGAAUGCGUUACAGCUACAUGAUUUGUCCAGUAUUGAGGCCAGUUUAUACUUGCAAUGUUUGCUGCGAUUUGAAGUGCGAUUUUCUUUUUGGCUGUAGUAGAUAGUAGAUAGGAUAUGAAUGUUCAGAUAAAGAAAACAUACCAGUGGUGAACUAGCCAUAGCAACAGGUCAUGCUAUGCAAAUUUGUAAUGAUCCUUUAGAAAUGUAUCGUCUUUAGAAAUGCAGGUUUAUUUGCAUAGCAUGACAAGUUGCCAUGGAAGGAACAUAUGCUCAAACACUCAUAAGUCUCUACUCAUUCGCAUCCUUCAGAAGAAGUAAAUCGCACCUAAAAUAGACCUUUCCCCUUAUGAGUGAAAUUUUGAUCUAGAUAUGCCUGGGCAAAAGUUUCAUCACAGCUUGAAAGAGCAUCACAAAAUUAGUAAUAUUCCGAAGUUUCGUUGCGAAAUGUUGUAAAAUGCGGAUAAUAUAGCUUUGCGAAGUUUGCCGUUUUUCACUGAGUCAUUUUGCAUUACAAUCUAACAUUUUACAUCAGAUGAUGAAACUGAUGCAAAAUGUUAGAUUGUAAUGCAAAAUGACUGAAAAACGGCAAACUUCGCAAGGCUAUAUUCGCAUUUUACAACAUUUCGCAACGAAACUUCGGAAUAUUACUAAUUUUGUGAUGCUCUUUCAAACUGUGAUGAAAUUUUUGUCCAGACUUGUCUAGAUCAAAAUUUCACUCAAAAGGGGAAAGGUCUAUUGCGAGGGGCCGGUUCUACGAAGGCCAGAUAGCGCUAUCCACCGGAUAGUGAUUUUUUCAAGCUUUCUUAAACCAGUCGUUGAUUGGUAUAACUCGUAUUAAAGUUUAGUAUUUAUAGGUUAAAUGUUUUUUAUACUUCCUGUGUCGUCUAUAUCCGUAGUUUCACAGUUUUUCAAGCAUUUUACAAAGGUUGAAAAAAUCAUUAUCCGGUGGAUAGCUCUAUCCGACCUUCGUACAACCGGCUCAAAGUGUAAAGGUCCAGACACACCGGACGCGAUUCGACAACGCGACGCGAUUUUUUAGUUUUUGAAAGUUAAUAAAACAGCCAAUGAAAGCAAAUUUUGAAAGAUAUGUAGACCAAAAACUCAAAAUGUUAUGGCGCUUCUAAAUAUUUGGAAAAUUUAAACUAGGAUCAAAGUUAUCGGUCAGUGAAAAUCGAAAAAUCGCGUCGCGUUGUCGAAUCGCGUCCGGUGUGUCUGGACCUUUAACCGGUCUCAAACGGGCCGUUACAACAUAGCCUCAAAUUCAUUUUACAAUCCCAAUUCCAACCUUAAAUAUAAGACUACUAACACAAACCUAAUCCUCGGCUUAACCGCUACAUCAUCUACUACUUCAGGCCGCCCAAAAAGCAAAGAACAGAUUAAGCGCGGCACAAAACCGUCGUAGCGUGCGUUUCCCGGAAGAUGCCGAGAGCGACGUUUUCACUCCAUCGAAUCACCCCCGACGUCGGCCGACAAUCAACAGGAAACGUAAGACUUCGGAAGCCGCUGAGGAAGACGCCAAGAAGAAAGAACCUGUUGCGGCUGAUACUGGUGAGAAUAGUUGUUCAUUUAUUGAGUUUUGGAAUGAACAGGUCACCGCGGAAUCACAGGACCACGGGUUCGAUUUCUACAAGAGGGCCUAUCGCCUCGUUUACAUGAGACCGAAACGAAGUCAAACCUGAAUGAAAAUUGAAAUUGUCAACAUUUUUACAUGAGACCAGUACGAAAAUCACAAAAUUUUCAAUUUAUUCCCCUUGCCAGGCAAUUUUCUUUUUUAGAUGGCUUUUAUUAGCAUGUGUUGUUCCAAUGUCAAGGUUACAGCCGAGACCGGUCUGAAAUGUAUUUGUGUUUACAUUCAUCCCGGUCUGAAUUCAUACCGGUCUGAAGUCAGUCGGCUCGGUCCAGCAGGCGGAAUGACUUGAGACCGGUCUGAGUUAUUUUCGUCCCGGUCUCAUGUAAACAUCUGUUGCAAAUAAUACUGUGACAGAAACGAAAUGCUCCCGGUUUGACUUCGUUCUUUCAUUGUCAUAUAGUAUCGAUCCACUAUAGUGUACAUUACAUGACGUAGUACGGAGGGGCGGAGCGAGAAAGAGAGACUUGUCAACUUCGGAAAAUCUCGGUUCAAAACUGAACCGAAAAUGCAAGACUUGCUUUAAUUGUUUUCUGUCAGUGUUUAUUAUGUAUUGAUCUAGCACAGUGUAAAUAACAUGAGUUCCAUUAUAGUAAAUAAUACAGAAAGAAAUUGAAGGAAAACAAUUAAAGCAAGUCUUGCAUUUUCGGUUCAGUUUUAACCGAGAUUUUUCGAAGUUGACAAGUCUCUCUUUCUCGCUCCUCCUCUCCGUGCUACGUCAUGUAAUGUACACUAUAGUGGAUCGAUAUGACAAUGAAAGAGAGACUUGGAGCAAGUCUCAUGUAAACGGGGACAUAGUUGCAUUUUUCGCAGCUGCUUCCUGUUAGGUCUGAAAGUUAUAUAUAAUCUACAAUAAAUUAUAUAUAAUCUUUAACCUGCAUCUACAGUAACCCUUCAACUGUAAGAGAUGCCCAAUAUCUUCAUAUUACUCCGUUUAGAGACCUGUUCAUAUUUGCCCGGCUAUAAACUGAAACAUAUACUUGAGUGAGCCGGUUCCACAUGUUAUUUUUAAUGCAUAUAAUAAAAAUAUUAUGUGUUCAUAUGAUGGAAGUCCUUUUAGGUGCAAAUUCACCUCGUAUUAGGAGGAUGUUUGUCAAGUGGAUUAUAAUGUUCCUUGUUUACGCUUCAUCCCACUCAUGGGCGUGUUUGACCUAUAUUGGUAUCGCAUCGAUAUGCAAAUAAGAAAAUUUAAAAUUAAUAGACCUAAACACGCACUAUUUCGGCCAUAAUACAGCGUGCAUUUUGUUCAACCAGAGAAUUAGAAGAAAAAGUAUUUCGAGGGCACCUGUUUUUAAUUCGUAAGAAAAUUCAUUUCACCGAGGCUUGAUAGAAGGCGAGACAUUAAUAGUUCAUCCCACUCAAGUUUCUGGGUUCGUAUAUGAACAGGUCUUCAAUGGAUGAUUCCAUGCAUGCAGCUAUAGACGAAUUUCGAUCCACCACAGCUGGAAAGAGCGUCUUAAAAUGAGUAAAAAAUGCAAAGUUUGGUUGCGAAUUGUUGUAAAAUGAGGAAAGUAUAGCCCUGCGAAAUUCGCAAAUUUGGUAUAUAUUUGCAUUACGCGCGGGUCCAUUUUUGAGCCGAAAGUGGUUAUUUUUACCGCGCGUAAUACAAAUAUAUACAAAAUUUGCGAACUUCACAGGGCUAUAUCUUCUUCAUUUUACAACAUUUCGCAACCAAUCUUUGCAGUUUUACUCAUUCUAAGACGCUCUUUCUAGCUGUGGUGUUGGAUUUCGUUCUUCUUGCCUUGAUCAAAAUUUAGUCUGCAGCCGGAACCACCCAUUGCUGAUUCAGGAACGUAUGUACUGUAUUCGAAACAUAUUUCGUCUGCUUACAUCUUUCCGCACCAACAGAGACGGCGCCCAAGGGACUUGUCCAUGUCACUAAGAACAGAGCCAAACCCGCUCGGGGCCGACGACCACCGACAAGAGCGCCCGGGGGACAACAGAAUAAUGUUGCCGCUGCUGGUCCUGAGAUAGUCGUUGAUAAUUUUGAUGCUGGAAUAGAUUCAUUCUUCAAUAAACCUGCUGCUAGACCACAAUCUGCCGCGUACGUUUUGUACUUUGUUUUUCUUUUCUAGACAUAGUAAAACAACUGUUAGGUUAAAAUAUUUUAUUUAGACACCCUAUAAAAUAAGAACCUGUUCAGGCUAGAAUUUCAAAACAGAUUAUAUUAUCAAAUAGAGUCAAAAUUAAGUCAUACACACGUAAAAAUCUCACAACUUGUCAACAAGAUGUGUUCGCAACAGGCUUGUAGCAAGCUUGUCAACAAGUUGUAACAAUGCUGUUAUUUUAUCAAGUUGCUACAAGCUUGUCACUGACAACUUGUUGACAAAUUGUUGAAUUGCAGGACGAUAACAAGUUGUUGGAACAACUUGUAACAAGUCUGUUGGACUCAACAACCUUGUAGCAAGUUGUCAACAAGCCGCUGACAACUUGCCAACAAGCUGGGAACAAGCAAUGCGAACACAUCCUGUUGACAAGUUGUUGGAACAGCAUUGCUACAAGUCUGCUGCAGGUUUGUUACAACUUGUGCGUUUUUACGUGUGUAGGUUACAAUCACUGUAGCUUUAAAGUGCAUAUAGGGUUGGUAUAGUUCAUACCCUGUAACGGUUACUGACACCCACCAAUUACAAUGCCUUUGUACUUAUACGUAUAAAUUCUGUAUUUCCAGGCUACCGUCUACUACCAAGCUGGUAACUGAUCCUGCGAUAUCGAAAAGUGCCACAAUCAGUCAGCGGCCUCAGAGUAGCAAGAAGAAGCAUGAUAAGGUAUGGACAAUGUCGUACAGCCUGGGGUAAAACUCGCCUACUGUUCGGUAUUUUAUCAUUACUGCAUUCCUAAUACAAAUUCGUAUUUUUACACUCACCCCCCUCUUCACUUGUACGUACUCAUCAAUACGCGAACACGUGCUCACUCGUCACUAGUCUCCCUCACUCUCACAGGAACAACGAUAUUCAUUUGUGAGUUACGUCACUUUACAGGAAGAGGCUGAAGAUAAUCACAAAGAACCUCAAGAAAAGAAGGUACACAUAACUAGAUACAUGGAUGAACAACCUUGGACAAAAAAAGAUAGUUUGCCUGAUAAUUCGUCUGUAUAUAAAAGUGGCAGCCAAUAGAAUCAUCCGUCCUGACAAGUACUUUGUAUGAUUAAGGCCCGUUUACACUUGCCAUUUUUGCUGCGAUUUCUAGAGUGAUUUUCUCCCUCUGAUGGAUGUGAACGAGUAGAUGAGUUAUGGAUGUUCUGAGAAAAUGUACGCUCAUCUGAACUUUCAAAGCUCAUCCACUCGUUCACAUCCAUUAGAAGAAGAAAAUCGCACUAGCGCAGCAAAAAUUGCAAGUGUAAACGGACCUUUGGUUGUUCGGCUUCACUGUCCCCCAUUGUCCUUGUUGUCCCCCAUUGUCCUUGUUAUCCCUCAUUGUCCUUGUCCCCCAUUGUCCUUGUUGUCCCCCAUUGUCCUUGUUGUCCCCCAUUGUCCUUAUUGUUUCCAUUGUCCCCCAUUGUCCUUAUUGUCUGUCCCUUAUUGUCUGUCCCUUAUUGUCUGCCCCCCAAAACCAUUGUCAGUAUAGAUCAUGCUAUUUCUGACAGUUCGUCUUGUGUUUAAACUCAGGUAAAUGAUGAUGCAUCUUUACAUAAAUUUGGUCAGUUAAAGUGUUUCUUUAUUUUUUUCUAGAAACAUGGAAUCCUUGGGUAAGGAAUUUGUUGAAUAAAUACAAGAUUUUCUAACAAGUUAACGAGUGAACAUUUCCAUUCUUAAAGAAUUGAAUUGAAAUUUCGUAAUCUCAAAAAUUCGCCUCUUCUCUAGUGGUUUGGGAAUAUUUAAGAAGAAAAAUCAAGACAAGAAGUCGCCAGGAACACCACGUAAAGAAUCAAAGAAAGAUCACAAAAAGAGUCAGGACGACCUCACCGAUGCAGGUUAAAAACAGUGAAAACUAAACUAGAGCAAACUUCAUUUAUCCGGGGACCGGGAUAGCUUUAUCAUGCAGUUCUAUAUUGUUUGCUCUAGAGAUUCAAUGAGGGCUAUCGUUUAUUGGCCCAGUUUUACUACAGAAGGAAACCCAAACUAAACUAACCUUAAUUAUACUGGAUAAAUUUAUCAGCUUAUUGACCCAGUUUUACUACAGAAGGAAACCUAAACUAAACUAACCUUAAUUAUACUAGAUAAAUUUAUCAGUUCUAAACUGCUCUUCACAGAGGUCCAGUAUUUACCCGGCGAAAACCUGCGAUGUUUUUGUAGAGUCAAACUGCAUUUGAAAGCCGGAAGUUUUUAAAAGGCCCGUUUGUACUUGUAGGGAAAAUCGGAUUAUAAAACGGAUCUUAACAAUUGUCGUCUUUUUUGUUUAGGUCCAACGCCUGAAAAAAAACCAGACUCGAAACCUGUGGAAUCCAGUCCUAAACCUGCUGAAGAAACCCAUACCAAACCAACGCCCGAAAAACCUGAAAAACAACCGAAGCGACCGCCUGGGAGGCCUCAAAAACCGGAAAAACAUGUUCCUAGUGAAGCUGAAAAACCUGCUGAACCCGAAACGAAACCGGAAACGACGGAGACGCCCAGUGAACCACCGAAGGAGAGGACUGAGGGUGGUGAAGAGAAAGAAGACGGAGGGAAGCAGGAAGGAGGGGAGGGGGAGCCCGCCAAGGAGGAUGUCGAAGAGAAACCCAAACCUCAGCCCAAGGGUCCCCCCAAGUUUGGGGUUGGUUUAGCCAUGGGGCCAAUGGGAGGGGAUCUGUUGGCUGAGAUGAAGAAACGUAAUGAACGAACUAACAGUGGAAGUAAAGUAAGUAAUUUAAAAGGUACAGUUCAGCCUUUUGAAUGAUUGUUUUUAAGGCGCAUUUUAGCCCUUUUAAUUGAAAAUCUAACUAGGAAAAUCAAUUAAAGAUCAGCAAACUUAAUAUUUUUUAACAUUUUAAAACAUUUUUAUUGUUAAAAACAUCGAGUUUUACUGAUCUUGAAUUAUGCAUAAUUGUGUUCCUAGUUAGUUUUUUCAAUUAAAAGGGCUGAAAUGCACUUUAAAAACCAUCAUUCAAAAGGCUGAAUUGUGCCUUAAAUAAUUCAUUUUAAAAAUAUGAUUUCUGGAUUGAGGGAAUGUUUGUGCACAAAUUAGAUAGUACAUACACAACCUCGCAAGCCAGGGUCUUUUACCUGCGCUCGGCGCCAUGCGGAAGUAAAAGACCCUGGCUUGCGAGGUUGGUACAUACAUGGCAUGUUUGAGAUCGAUAGCUGGGUUUCAGGAAGCACUAUCGUCACAGAAUACUACACAGAAGUCCAUCUCCAUUGUUUUUAGCGUAAGCUCUAUUCGUCAUGAUUCGUCACUCAGCAAGUACCGUAAACAGAAGCAGUCCCCCUCCUGGAAAUACUAAAAAUGGCGUAUGUCCAGGGGGGUGCCUGCUUCUGUUUACGGUACUUGCUGAGUGACGAAUCAUGACGAAUAGAGCUUACGCUAAAAACAAUGGAGAUGGACUUCUGUGUAGUAUUCUGUGCUAUCGUGCAGCAGAUGGUUUGUCAACCAACAGUUAUCAGAGUGAGAAAAUAAAUGUCGAUUCUUUUCAUUUUAUGCCGUAGCCUUGUAUUUGGUGGCAAAUAGAUAGCAUUGCAAUGCGUGUAGCUAAAUUUUCUUCUCUUGUGUUUCUGAAGUUCACUACUAUGAUCUGUUGUUGAAACCAUGGAUAAUAAAAUAAAUGGAUAGGACUCUAGCUGACGUAAGCAAAAACAACCUAGUUGCAAUCUGUGACGUCACGCGUAUUGCAACGUUCUCGGCAUUUUUGUUGUUUCGCUAUACUUUCCGCUUUAAAAGAGUAAUAUUGAAGCAUAUACUGGUCUAAUUGUUUUAAAAACAUGCCUAAGCCACGACAAAGUAUUCAAGGUAAAUUUUUUUCGUCUUUGUUUUGUAUUUUUUUACAUUUGUAGCUACGAAAUUGGGGUCCCCAAUUUUAACGAAAUUUUGGGAUGCCUUUUUCACUGUUUAGUGCUCGAAAUAUUUGCUAAAAUUGACUGGGAAUACUUAGAGAUUUCAUCGUAGAAUGGCGUAGUUACAUUCAUUUGCUCUUUGACUAAAAUGUUUAGCUGUAUUAUUGCUAAACAUGCCGUUUUUGAGAAUUGCAACUAGGUUUCAACAUCCAAUCACGCAAUCAGCCCAUUGAAAACAUUAGGUCACGUCAGCUAGUUUCCAAUCCAUUUAUAUUAUUAUCCAUGUUGAAACCAACCCUUAUAUUGAAUAUAAAUUUCUUUGUGAAUAUGAUAUAACAAAGUUUGAGGUCAUACGUUCUUUGUCCAUGUAGAAAUCGCCAGAACCGAAGCCACGUCAACGAGUAGGCACCAAUCCUGAUGUUCGGCCUGUCGUGCCAUUGCGACCAUCCUCAAUGAAGCGUUCUGUUAAAGCGAAGUCUGCUGCAGAUUUGAUCUCAGUUGCCAAAGACAGCAAACCCACACCUCAACCCAGACCCAGAGAAGGUAAUGCAGGCCUAAAUUUGUGCGGGAACGAGAAUAUUAGCUUCAUUAUCGACGAAUCAUGGCCUUACUGGACCUCUAGGGCAGGCUUUUAGCCAGAAAGGCGUCCAGGCGUCCUGGGAUGCCCCUAGAACAAAAAAUGGACGCCUUUGGACGCCCAAUUUUCAAUUAUUUCCCUAAGUAUAUUAAUAUAUCUCAAAUGAAAUAGCUUCAAUUCUCACUAUUAUUAUACAUUUGACAUUUUGAUCAAUUUGAUGGUGUACCUGGCUGAAUGCUCUGGGCUGAAUGAAAAUGUUGUAGUUAAGUAAAGAAGCAUAGCGGCACAAAGUCACAAAGCCAAGUGGGUUUGAAAAAUUCCGAACGAGCUUGGAACAGAUACAGACAUGAAGUAACGUACACUUCAAAGGUUUCCAGAGGAACGUUUUCUCGAACGCCCCUCGCCCCCCCACCCCCCUCCCUCUUUACUGUAGAGGUAUCGUUGUAGCAAAAUUGGACGCCCUCCUUUAGGACCCUGGCUAAAAGCCUGCUCUAGGGAGAACUAUUUAGAACUGAUAGAACUCUCCAGUGUAAAUAAAGUUUCUUUUUGUAGUGACACCAGUCAAUGAGAGAUGACCUGCCUUUACUGCACUCCUAGGGAGAACAGUUUAGAACUAAUAGAGCUAUCCAGUAUAAAUAAAGUUGGUCUGGUUUAAUUUUCUUCUGUAGUAACACCGAACCAAUAAAUAAGGCCCUCACCAUCCUCGUACCCAGGGUCUUCCCUGCGACGGAGGUUGGACCCAUAGAUAUAGGAGAUCUAGAUUGCUAACGCAUACCUAGCGCAGGCGGGGCCUACAUGAUAAAUCCAAGAUGGCGGUACAACAGGGCAAAAAGACUAUAGAUUCUAUUACGAAAAUCAGGAUUUUUGUAUUUUUUGCCGUCGCAUUGUUUCGAAACUUAUUCGGUCAAAUUUUAUGGUAAAGAGAAAUUUACCGCGAAGAUUUUGAGCACAUAUAUGAUUGAAUUGGAUGAAAAAUCGCAAAAUUAUCCAGCGAUAAAAGUUCGUGUGAAAUGGUCAGUUGGUCAGUUGGAGCGUUUUAUUGCCAGAAAUACUGUGAUAUGUUAACAUCUAGCCUUGUGAAUGGUGUUUUAUACUUGCAUCUCUCAUCAUCAUCUGCUCUGUCCUCAUAAUUAUAAAAAAUCCCCCCCCCCCCCCCCCCUCCUUGCUUGUUAGAGAAGUGAACUGAUGAGAGCACUGGAUGAGGGUCUAUCAUCUAUGAUCUGUUAUAAUUUGCUUUUUAUGCAAAUAGUGAGCAAAAAUUAAAGCAAAACUGUACACGUUACAUAUAUAGUACUAUAUCAGUACUAUACACGAACUUUUAUCGAUGGAUAAUUUUGCGAUUUUUCAUCCAAUUCAAUCAUAUAUAUGCUCAAAAUCUUCGCGGUAAGUUUCUCUUUACCAGAAAGCUUGACCGAAUAAGUUUCGAAACAAUGCGACGGCAAAAAUCCAAAAAUCCUGAUUUUCGUAAUAGAAUCUAUAGUCUUUUUGCCCUGUUGUACCGCCAUCUUCGAUUUAUCAUGUAGGCCCCGCCUGCGCUAGGUAUGCGUUAGCAAUCUAGAUCUCCUAUAUCUAUGGUUGGACCCUCACUAGACAAGGAAGAACAGUUUGGAACUGGUGGAGCUUUCCAGUAUAAAUAAGUUACAUGUAUAUAUUGUAGGUGAGAACAAAAAAGAGCGUAGAUUGAGUAAUGAAGCAGGCAAACCAGUUCCGCCAAAACCAGCGCCCAAAGAAAAACCAAAUGUCUCCGCAAGACCAACUGUCCCGAAACGACCUCCUAGUGUAUCGCGGAGCCGCGGAAACUCGCAGAAAGAGGAUGCGGAAAGACGGAAAAGUUUGGAUGCGGAGAAGCGGAAAAGUGUGGAGGCUGAGACGGUGCCUGAAACAAAGGAGUAAGAUAACAAUAGAUUAGAUCAUUCUUUUGCUUUGUGAAAAAUGCAAUGUGAAUUUAUUUCGAUGGGUGCUGACUUUUAUCGCAACCCACGUAGAAUUAAUAGAUGUAUUUUCAAUGUAAACCUUUUAUAUUUUAGAGAGACGCCUGAACAGCCAGCAGCAAAAGACAAAAUAGUUGAAGAUGAGGUAUUUGAUAAACCAGCUGAAAAGACCCAGGAAGUCUCGGAGAAAGAAUCCGGUGACAAACCCCGUACGGAAGACGAACCCGAGAAACCGAAAGCUGAUGAGAAAGUUGCGGUAGAUGAAAAACCCGAGGAUGAAAAACCCGAGGAUGAAAACCCAACUGCAGUAUCACUGGAGAAAGAUACUUCGAUAAGCCCGGAGAAAGAUACCCCUCAAGAUGAUCCUACUGAAACAGCAACUGAAGGUAAAGACCUUUCCGAAGCCUCUAUUCCAGACACAACUCAAUCGACCGGUGAAAACGAAGCGCCAAAAGAAACAGACACACCAAAGACCACUUCGGAAGGAGACGAAGUGGAAGAAGUUUCGGAGAAACCAAAAGACACUAACGACAAUGAGACUGAUACUAGUGAAGAUUCUAUGACAAAAGCCGAACCUUCUACGACGGAGGCUGAAAGCGAUGACGUCAUCAAGAGCUCGGUUGAUAAAGAAUUGUUAGAAGAAGCGUUGACAUCAGCUAAAGACACAUCAUUUUGA